AUGCCGCCUACGACUCGCCGCGCAUCCGCUGCACAGAACGCUUCUACGACUGCUGACGACGCUCAGCCCGCCUCCGAUGGCGUGAGGAGGGCGGAGGAAGGAGGGGGAGAUGACGGUGGGAAGAAGCGCAAGACGAGCAGCCGGAACGAGGAGGGCGAGGCGGAUGAGGUUGGGACGAGAAGGGACUUCUUCUCGACCUUGCCGCUAGACUUGUUCUACCAGAUUUGCGGACAGCUCCACCCCGGAACCCUUCUCGCCAUCGCGCAGACGAGCAAGUCGAUCCGCUCGACGCUGUUCCGCAAGUCUGCCGCACCUGUUUGGCGCGCCGCAAGGCGGAGUGCAGGCUUGGACGCCCUCUCUGGAAAAUUGGACGAGCCGACGUAUGCGUACCUGCUCUACGGAAAGGCUUGCCAGGUCUGCGGCACCACGAAGCGCGAGACGGCUGCAGACUUCGACCUCCAAGUACGCGCCUGCGCCAAGUGCUUCGAGAGGAACAUCUGCCUCGCCACAAGUCUCGAAGAGUCGAUCGACAAGCUUCACCCGCUCACCUUCCAGUGCUGCCUCUCGACGCCAUUCUCGCACAAGGGCAAACGCAGCGUCUCUCGCAAGCCGUUCUACUGGAAACCCGAAGUCGUCGCGACGUCUGCCCUCCUUCGCGAGAUCGACCCGGUCGCCGCGAGGACCGACCGCAGGAAGGCGCACCCAUCGCGGGCCGCGCUCGACCUGAAGCGCGACUUCGACGACUAUGCAGGCCCUGUUGAAGCCGACUCGUGGGCGUUUCCGGACUGCGUCGCCCGCGUGGAGGAGCAGAGGCUGCAAGAGGAGAAGGAGAGGCCGAUCCUGCGUUUCAAGCAGAUCCAGAUCAGGCUGAUGAAUGCUGGUUUCGACAAGGUGGACACGCUUGCAGUACCGCUUUCGGUCAAGAACAGCUUGCAACCCGUCGAUGAAGACUACUGGGCGCUGGUCAAGGACGACGUCAUCAAGGCCGUCCAGGAAGCGCGCGACGAGCGCAUGGAGAAGGGGAGGAGGGUGCGCAAGGCCGAGCUGCUCAUGAUCUACGAGGAUCUCUAUCAGGCGACUCCGACUGCUGAGCAGCACUUCUUCCCGAGCAUGCAUGCGUACCUCGGCCUUUCCUCCGUCAAGCCUCUCUUGAACCUCGAAGACGGGCACCCCUCAAGCUGCUACGCCCGCUUGCCAGUCAUCCGCCUCGACGUUCAGCACAGGGUCCGGAUCGACAAGAUCCGUUACUUCGAUCAGCUCGCGCGCGUCCUCCUCUCCGUCGGCAUCGCGUUGCCGUCCAGCGUUGUGGGCGUCCUCGAGGCGGAGCGCUCGCCGCUCCUCGACGAGGAAGACGGUUCCCAAAGCGUUGCGCCUCUGCACGACAGGCUUACCGACUCGCAGCUCGCCGUCGUCCUCGACAACGCCCUCGCUCUGCUCACCUGCAGCUCAUGCGGGGAGACCCGCCACGUCAAGGAUACUGGCUCUCAUUUCUUCUUCGUUCACUACCACCUACGGAGGAGAAGCAAUGGGGAGGGCGCCGAGACUGAGGCGAUUUUCCAGCCGGCGGCCUCUACCUAUCUCCAGCUCCUGCACGACGCAAUUACCGAGGCGGGCGUCGACGCAAACGAUGCGACGACUGCAGACUUGGAGGGGCUUGACAAGCACUUUGAGGUGCAACUGAAGUCCGGCAGUUCAAUCACGGUAGACUGGAGGGAUCUGGCGUCGGGUUGCUAUGUGACAGGAGCUCCCUGGUGGAGGGGCCGAACGACGUACGAUCUCGUCGAGGAGGCGACUUCGAUCACCUACAAGGCUCCGUCCCCCUCGCCCGCUCCACAAGACUCGCCGGCCAUCCCGACGUCGGCCAGCACGAGCGGCGGAACGACCGGCUGA